AUGGGGGUGUCAGAGAAUACGAAGGGGCUGAUACUAGCGAUGGCGUCGAGCGCCUUCAUAGGCGCGAGCUUCAUCUUGAAGAAGAAGGGUCUCAAGCGCGCUGGAGCUGCCGGUACUCGAGCAGGAGUUGGUGGUUAUACGUACUUACUAGAGCCACUUUGGUGGGCGGGCAUGAUCACCAUGAUUGGUGGAGAGGUUGCCAAUUUUGUGGCUUAUGUAUAUGCUCCAGCAGUUCUUGUAACCCCACUUGGUGCACUGAGUAUAAUAGUCAGUGCUGUUUUGGCUCACUUCUUGUUGAAGGAACGAAUACAGAAAAUGGGUAUUGUGGGAUGUGUUACCUGCAUCGUGGGAUCAGUGGUAAUCGUGAUCCAUGCACCUCAAGAGCAUACUCUAAAUUCUGUACAGGAAAUCUGGGUUCUGGCGACCCAACCAGCUUUUCUGGUUUACGUUGCUGCUACACUUUCCCUAGUGUUAACUUUGGUUUUGCAUUUUGAAACUCACUAUGGGCAAACAAAUAUACUAGUCUACUUGGGAAUCUGUUCCUUGAUGGGUUCACUUACGGUUGUAAGCAUAAAGGCCAUUGGAAUUGCAAUGAAGCUAACUCUUGAGGGAGUAAGUCAGAUAGCCUAUCCUCAGACUUGGUUUUUUCUGACUGUUGCAGUAAUCUGCGUAGUUACACAGUUGAAUUACCUCAACAAGGCUUUGGAUACAUUCAAUGCAGCAAUUGUUGCCCCAGUAUAUUAUGUGAUGUUCACAACUCUGACCAUUAUUGCUAGUGUAAUAAUGUUCAAGGAUUGGUCUGGUCAGGAUGUAAGCAGCAUAGCCUCUGAAAUAUGUGGAUUCAUCACUGUUCUGUCAGGAACUAUCAUACUCCAUGCAACCAAAAAUGAGGAAUCAUCUACACAAGGAACUGUAACAUGGUACAUUAGAGAUUCAAUGAAGGGCUCUGAAGAUGAACGUUUGCUCACCUUACACAAUUCAGAUUAUCCUGAACCGUAA